AUGUCUCACCUCCUCUGUGCCUUCCUGUCCUUGCUGUCCUUYGCUGCCCUGCUGGAAAGUGCUCACUGGAAACUGCAGGAAAAUGGUGAGAUCNNNNAAUCGCAGUGGGAUGCUGAUGCCCCGGCCAGCAGGGUGGAGCUGACCUGCAAUAGCUCGGAGGAGGCUGUGUACUGGAGCAAGGACUCGCAGUGGAGGCAGCAGGGGAAGAGCCUGGUGGCUGUGGUGAAAGAAUUCCCAGAUGCUGGCAAUUACAGCUGCCUGAGCCAGCAGAGCCACGAGGUGCUGAGCUCCAACCUCCUCCUCAUCGCCAAAAUMGACUCCAAGGGCCAGAUGGUGCGCUGGAUCCUGAAAAGCUUCAAUGAGCCCAAGUGGUCGUUUUUAAAGUGUGAGGCAAAGAACUACUCUGGAAUUUUCACUUGYUCCUGGAUGACAGAAAAUAAGAGUCCAAACAUGAAGUUCACCCUCAGAAGCCUGAAAGGCCUGACCACCUACACGGCCCAGUGCCACCAGCAGAGCUUCUGUGCCUUCGCUGAGGAGCAGCAGCCCCUGGACAUGGUGCUGGAGGUGAUCGAUGAGGUGGAGUACGAGAACUACAGCGCCAGCUUCUUCAUCAGGGACAUCGUAAAACCUGACCCUCCCCAGUGCCAGUACGAGGCCACCACSGGAACGGUGACCUGGACCUACCCCAAAACCUGGAGCACCCCAAACUCCUACUUCCCUCUGACCUUCAAGGUCAGGGUUAAAAGCACAAAGAGACCCAGAUACCAGGUGUUGGACACUGAUGCCCAGRCCGUGCAGUUGCCAGCCCCRGGGCCAGCAGAGGUGUCRGUUCAGGCCAGGGAUCGCUGUUACCUGUCCUCRUGGAGUGAGUGGUCCUCUCCCUGCAGGUAA